CGGUAGUGACGCUGAUGAUGCUGGCGUGCAGAGGAGGACCAAUGACAGAGCAGGAUGCUGAGGGAGGCUGCUCGGCUGAAUGGAGGCGACGGGAUGCCGUCCGUGUAGCAGCACAAGAGAGGAAUUGACAUCGAAGGAGGCGCCUCGCAGUUGUUCCCUCCGCGUUUGACGUGCUCCACCUCCCAAGAAAGCCACCCAUGUGCGGUUCAGCGAACCUGUGCAGUAUCUUCGCAGCGUGCCCCCGUUAAGGACCCCCCUGGUGGCCGCGCGGCCGACUCACGGGACAUGUACGGCAGUGCCAGAGCUGUAGGUCACUUAGAGAGCAGCCCCGCACGCUCCCCGCGCCUGCCUCGGUCCCCCAGACUGGGCCAUCGGAGGGCCAACAGCGGGGGCGGGAGCGGCGCGGGGGGCAAGACGCUCUCCAUGGAGAACAUUCAGUCUCUCAACGCUGCCUACGCCACUUCGGGGCCCAUGUACCUGAGCGACCACGAGGGCGUGGGCUCCACGGCCACGUACCCCAAGGGCACCACCACUCUGGGUCGGGCCACCAGCCGGGCCAUGUACGGGGGCCGCGUCACAGCCAUGGGCAGUAGUCCCAACAUCGCUUCAGUGGGACUGCCCCAUGCUGACCUUCUGUCUUACAGUGACCUGGGCUCCAUCUCCAUGCUGCACGCCCACCACCACCACCACCACCAGGGGGUGCCCUCCGCCCUGCUGAGGCAGGCGGUGCGGAGCAGUGGGGGGGAACUGCUGGAGAUGCAGGCCCAGUUCAGGGAUAUGCAGAGGGAGAACGAGAUGCUGCGCAGGGAGCUGGACCUGAAGGACAGUAAGCUGGGCUCGUCCACCAACAGCAUCAAGAGCUUCUGGAGCCCGGAGCUGAAGAAGGAGCGCAUCAUGAGGAAGGAGGAGGCGGCGCGCACGUCUAUCCUGAAGGAGCAGAUGAGAGUCACUCACGAGGAGAACCAGCAUCUCCAGAUGACCAUCCAGGCUCUCCAGGACGAGCUGCGCACGCAACGCGACCUCAACCACUUGCUGCAGCAGGAGAGCGGCAACCGCUCCGGCGCCGAGCACUUCACCACCAUCGAGCUGACCGAGGAGAACUUCCGCCGGCUGCAGGCCGAGCACGACCGGCAGGCCAAGGAGCUCUUCCUGCUGAGGAAAACCCUGGAGGAGAUGGAACUGAGGAUCGAGACGCAGAAGCAGACGCUGGGAGCCAGAGACGAGUCCAUAAAGAAGCUGCUGGAGAUGCUGCAGAGUAAAGGGCUGCCCUCGGGGCCCGGCAGGAUGUCUGACGAGGAGGAGCAGGAGAGGAACAGGCGCAUUGCUGAGGCUGAGGCUCAGCUGGGACACCUGGAGGUCAUUCUGGACCAGAAGGAGAAGGAAAACAUUCAUCUGCGAGAGGAGCUGCACCGAAGAAAUCAGCUGCACCAGGAUCCGAGCAAAACCAAGGCCCUGCAAACCAUCAUAGAGAUGAAAGACACCAAAAUUGCAUCUCUGGAGCGCAACAUUCGCGACCUGGAGGAUGAAAUCCAAAUGUUGAAGGCAAACGGCUUGCUGAACACGGAGGACCGUGAGGAGGAGAUCAAGCAGAUGGAGGUCUACAAGAACCACUCCAAGUUUAUGAAGACCAAGAUUGACCAACUCAAGCAGGAGUUGUCCAAGAAGGAGUCGGAACUGCUGGCUCUGCAGACAAAGUUGGAGACCCUCAACAACCAGAACUCGGACUGCAAACAGCACAUUGAAGUGCUCAAAGAGUCUCUCACUGCCAAAGAGCAACGGGCGGCCAUCUUGCAAACAGAGGUGGAUGCUCUACGUCUGCGUUUGGAGGAGAAAGAGUCCUUCCUCAACAAGAAAACCAAGCAACUGCAGGACUUGACGGAAGAGAAAGGCACCCUUGCUGGAGAAAUCAGGGACAUGAAGGACAUGCUGGAGGUCAAAGAAAGAAAAAUCAAUGUGCUACAGAAAAAGAUUGAGAACUUGCAGGAGCAACUGCGGGACAAAGACAAACAGCUAAGCAACUUGAAGGACCGGGUCAAGUCUCUGCAGACCGACUCCACCAACACCGACACUGCCCUGGCCACCCUGGAGGAGGCGCUGUCAGAGAAGGAGAGAAUCAUAGAGCGUCUGAAGGACCAGCGAGAGCGGGAAGAUAGAGAACGUCUGGAGGAAGUAGAUGCCUACAAGAAGGAGAACAAGGAUCUGAAGGAGAAAGUCAACAGCCUGCAGAUAGAAUUAACCGAAAAAGAGUCCAGCCUCAUCGAUCUCAAAGAGCACGCAUCUUCACUGGCGUCUUCCGGCCUCAAGAAGGAUUCCAAGCUCAAAUCCCUGGAGAUAGCCAUCGAGCAGAAAAAAGAAGAGUGCAGUAAGUUGGAGACGCAAUUACAGAAGAAAGCCCACGAAGUGGAUCAUCAGUCGGGCUCGAGAGGGAACCCGGAGUAUGUGGACCGAGUGAAGCUGUUGGAGAAGGAGAUGGGCUACUAUAAGGAUGAAGCCAGCAAGUCUCAGACGGAGGUGGAGAGGCUCCUGGACAUUCUGCGGGAGGUGGAGACUGAGAAGAAUGAUAAAGAUAAGAAGAUUGCAGAGUUGGAAAGACAAGGAGGCAAAGACCCGACCAAGAAAGGCUCAAACAUCAAACUGGGACCCCAAGGGGACAAGAAAGGCUUGGGACAGGAUGGCCGUAAGGACAGCUCCUUGGAAGGCGGCCAUCACUCAAAGCUGGAGGACCUGAUGAACACACUUGAGAGGACGAGGCAAGAACUGGAUUCCACCAAGCAGCGUCUCUCGUCCACUCAGCAGUCACUGCAGGAGCGGGACAGCCACCUCACCAACAUGAGGCAAGAGCGCAGGAAACAACUGGAGGAGAUUCUGGAGAUGAAACAACAAGCUCUGCUGGCUGCGAUUAGUGAGAAAGACGCUAAUAUCGCCCUGCUGGAACUGUCUGCCUCCAACAAGAAGAAGACCCAAGAGGAGGUGAUGUCCCUGAAGCGGGAGCGGGACAAACUGAUGCACCAACUCAAACAGCACACCCAAAGCAGAAUGAAACUGAUUGCAGACAACUACGAAGACGAACAAUAUCAUCCGCACCACCCGCAGCCCCAGGCCCCGCACCCUCAGCAGCAAGCUCAGAGCCAGUACGCCCACCUCCCCCACGCCCAGCAGGUCCCGUACGGGCACGUCCCUCACAUGCAACACCCGCAGGCCGCCCCGCAGCACCCGCAGCAGCUGCAGUACCCUCACUCUCAACAUCCACAGCAGCACCCGCAGCAGCACCCUCAGCCGCCCCCCCAGCACUCACAGCACCCGCGCCCCCCGCAGCCCCAACAUCCGCACCUCCAGCACCCGCCGCAGCAGCAUUCGCAUGGACAUCUCCCGCCGCAUGCCCAGCACCCGCACGGCCCUCUCCAACAGGGGCCCCACCCUCAGCACCCUCAGCACCCGCAUCCUCAGCAUCCUCAGCACCCUCAGCACUCUCAGCACUCUCAGCAUCCUCAGCCCCAACACCACGGGCAGCAUCCACGCCACCCGUCGCCGCAUCAUCGCGGGGGUCCGGGCAGAGGACCCCCACAUGCUGGCCACCGCCCUUCCCCGGACCAGGUUAGAAGUCACUCACGGUCUCAGGAUGAUGAGGAAGGCAUAUGGGCAUAAUCGUUGCGAUGACAACCAAAGUUCAAAAGUUGUUUUGAAGGAUGACUCAGCCACUACUGGGGGAAAAGCAGCCAGAAGAUGAUGUUGAAAUUUGAUGACACUGACAAAACGUUUUUUUCUACCUUACUCAGCUAGGAGACCUUUUUGUUUUUUUGUUUUUUUUGGGGGUUUUUUUUGGGAGGGGGAGGAACAGGCUUCCCCGAGAUGCGCAAGUCAGGCGUUGGGAAACUGACAGUCGAGCGGGUGACCUUGGAGCAGAUCUUCUCAGCAUGGAACGGCUAAAUAGAGACCCCACGCCUCCUCUUCCUCACUGUCUUCACUUCAUUUGCCCCAUGCUGAACAUGGGACCUCCUCAGGAGCUUGCAAGACUGGUCUCCACCUUCUCCAAGAUCCUUAUUCUUCCAUCCUUACUUCCUUCUCAUGAUUGCUUCAAGGUCAUGGCUGCCAUUGCUGUCUGCUUCCCUCAAGCCUGACUGACGGACCACCAUCGUCACUGCCCCGCCCCCAAAUCAUGACAUCAUAGCGACCGUGAGCCCUAAAUAUCUGAGAUAACACACAAACGGACCUCUUUUGUACCUUUUUAGUGGUGUCACCUUCUUCGAGGAGCUGAUAGUCAACGUGCCGUGUUCCAAUUAAGAAUAGAUCGUGCCACCCGUGGAGACUUAAUGUGAUCAUUUUUGGAAGAGGUGCCUUGAAACGAACAUAAGGGUCCUCCGGCUCGUUUUCGCUUGAUUUUGCCAUCAUCUUCAUAUUACCUCAUUUCAAUCCAACAAAGUGGGGGAGAAGAAAAAAAAAAAACAAUCAAUCUAUGCAGACGUCAGUGUUGCAUGAAUUAAUUUCACUCACCAUCUGUAUUCAAAGUGUCAAAGCGGACAAAAAAAAGUGAGAUUACGAAAGAGACUAUGCACCUACGCACCUCUUGUUGUUGCAGGAUAUUUUUGUUUAUUUUCAACUCAUGGUGCUCCUGCUGCAGGUGCUCGAUAUAAAUGGUGUCAGUGAGUCAAGGGAUUUGCUUCUUCUACCGCUGAGUCAUCAACAUUAGCGGUCGACAACUUUGUACAUAUGUCACAAGGGGCACUUUGCGAUCAAUUGAAGAACCCCAAAGAGGAUGAAAAACUAUAAAUACAACAAUUAGGAAGAGUUGUCCUGUAGAUGUUUUUCCUGAAAAUUCCAGCCACCAAUACUCCUCGAACCCGUCCGUCUCUUCCACAUCUCCUAAACGUAGCGACCUAGCUGUCCCUCUCAACAAGGUGGCCUCCUUCAAAAAAAAUGUACACAUACAGUAUAUGAUAGAUAUGCAUAUAUUAUACAUAGAGAGAAUCUAUAGAGUGUGUCUAUAUGUGGUCAGAAAAUGACAAGAUUAAAACAAAAAAAAAGGUUUUCUUUUUUUACUGAAAUGGAUGGGAGAGGGUGAGAAGUGUAUUAUAAGUGUUUUUGUAUAUCUAGAGAAAAAUCCUGAGUGGAGAAAUGAACAUUCCCUGUCUGAAAAUACAAACAGUGCAAAAAAAAAAAAGAAAAAGGAGGAGAGCAGAAAUGCUCAUUUAUUUAAAUCUUUGUAGAAAAGAAUUUCACAUUCCUUUGACCUGUUUUACAUUCCUUCCACUGUCUUUGUGCGGAGGUUUUCAAAGUGUGAGCCAGAGGACUGCUUGGGAAGAAAAAUAAAACAAUCUAUUUUUAAAGCUGUGAAGAUAAUUUAAGCAUGUUGGAGAAUUUUUUUUUUUUGGACAUGUAGUGAGUAGAGACUAUGUUCAAUUUUAAAAAUGGCGCUUCAUUUAAGAGAUUUUCCAACUUUUUCCACAUGUCAAUUUCUGCAAAAAAAAUGCUGUGACAACUUUUAGGCUUAAUUGUAGAUCACUUUUUAUUUUAUUUUGUUAUUUUGUAUUUUUUUUAAUUUUAUUUUUAGGGGAGGCUCACUGUUGCGCACUUUGAAAACCUCAUGCUUUCACACUCAGUUGGCUUGUGGCGACAAAUCAGAUCAAGAGGAGAAAAAAAGAAGAAGAGAGGGAGCACUUGUGUCCGGAUCUGCAUUUUCUUUCUUGUGACUUUUCUUAUUUGGGCGUCUCGUAAACACAAGUGGUGACACUUUAGUGGAAACUGAAUUCGACUGUUACUGAACUUCAUUUCUCCCCCACCCCCUAUGGUGUGCUCCUCUCUAUUGGCCAAGUGUUGGUUGGUACUAUAUAUAUAUAAAUAUAAAUGUAUUUUUCCAAUCUUCCACAAUUAAGGCGUCAUCUGCUUCCUACGUGAAGCUUCCAUCGUCUGUCACUGACCAAAAAAAAUCUCCAAAUUGUGUUUAUGUUUACAACUACAAGACAAAUAUAAUCAUAAGUUUGUGUUUUAUAGGGGGAAGACAAUGCAGACAGAGGAGCAAAAAAAAAAAAAAAA